CCGCCCACUCAGUUCCCCUUUUCCGCCAUCCCUUCCGCGUAAGCUCCCGCGGCUCUCACGUUCCGCCGCGCGCUUUUGAGUAGAGCUGACCAAAAAGCGCCUUCACUCAAACAGCACGAGGGCUGUCCGCCUUGGAGUCUGCUGAGCACCGAGUCUCACUCAACUCCAUUCCUCCGUCAUCCCGCCUGCUUCCCUCUGCUUCUCUCCUGUGCCGCUUCUCCCAGGCGCCUAUCGCGUCUUACCCCUAGAUCCAGUGUUGAUUGAGAGAUGGCGUCCGCGGUCGUCGUAGCUCCCUCAAUUGGCGGCCUCGCGUCAUCACGUGCCGCUGCGACUGUGUCUCCCGCGUCACAUUGCGUGCGACGGCAUGCGACGGCAACACUGUCGCAUCCGCUUCGCACACGCGGCAUUCGGGGGCUGCGAUCGGACAGCUUCAGGGGCAAGUCGACGAGAGCAGCGGCGAGCAGCCAAUCAGCGUUCUCCGUCCAAUGCAACCUCGUGCGCAAGGUGAGCGGGAAGGAGCUGGACGAGCUGUUGUCGGGGGAUCGGCCGCUGCCCAUGGUGAUCGACUUCUACGCCACGUGGUGCGGCCCGUGCAUCCUGCUCGCGCAGGAGCUGGAGCAGCUGGCGGUGGAGUACCAUGGCGAGGUGCUGUUCCUCAAGGUGGACACGGACGAGGAGUACGAGCUCGCCAACCAGCUCGAGAUUCGUGGGCUGCCCACAGUGGUGUUCGUCAGCAAGGAUAAGUCAAAGCUUGCCGUGCGGACAGAGGGGCUGCUACCCAUUCCCUCUAUAAAGCAGCUCAUUGAGGAGAUGUAGAAGCAUUCGCUGUCUCAAAAAGUUGACAUUAGUUAGAAUUAUUCUUGUACCCGUAGUUGCAACACUGCAUUCGCCUACGAAGAUCGGAUUGAAAACUGAUGGGCAACGAAGAAGAG